AAAAAAAAGAAAAAGAAAAAACAGUACAGUCACCUAGAUGAUUUAGAGGUUUGUUAUGAUAAAAAUAUCACUUUCAAGGUUUAAAGUGAUAGAAAAAAACGUUCAGUGUUUAAAGUGCGAGAAUAUGGCACUCUCGAGGUCUAAAAAUAUGAUUUUCCCUAUUAUAAUCCAUCAAUGAGCCAAAGAUUUGUAUAAUCCCAUGCAUGAUCUAUUUGCAACUGCUCAAGUAACUAUCCCCUAGACACGAAGAUCACUCACUUCAUUAUUUACUCGUAAAAUCGCCUGGAAGGCUGGAACUUUAGCUAGACCACACCUGACUUGUGCUUCUGGUCUCUAAACAAUUAACUUCAAAACGGUACUAUCAUCCCUAACGUUAUCUAGUAUGGUUAGACCAAUUCAAGGAGAGCAUAGAAAAAAAAAACUUUUUGUUGAAAAAUAAAUAAAAUAUGGGGGAUAAAAUUAGAGAGCUCUUCGGUUAGACAAUUAGGUGAAAUAAACCCUAAAUUAAGACAAACGUAGCGCACAAGACAAAACAAAACCUCUCUGUCUCUUGUCGGAAUCCAAAAAUAAGCGAGAGAGCAAAACGAAAAAAAAAAAACAGAGCUUCUCAAUCUGUCAAGAUGAACCAGAACUACAGAAAGAUUGAGAUUGACGUUACUAAAACUUCUUCUCCCGUUUUCUCUUAUCUCGAGAAACUGUCUAUCUACCCUUUCCACCCGCCGUUGCCGAGAGAGCCGGCGGAGUUGGAGUAGCAGGAGAGAAGAAGUGAUAACAGAGGAUUUUGAAACCAAUUCCAUCGAUGUUAUUCUCCAUUGUUGUAACCAGAAGCUGCGCAACUGCAUAUGAAAACACCCCUUUUUGUGCGCGUUUUAUGAUCACGCGCCGCCUUGUCGGUGAUGCAACUUUAUGUUUCGACCGCUCAUUUCCUCACGUGGGUUUCAUUCCUUGUACUAUUAACGACGGUGGCUUCGAAACCUCUCCUCUUCUGCCAACGUCAACACCAGCAAGUUGCAAACCCUAGACGCCACGUGGAUUUCCUCCGAGCAAUGUCUUCCGUCAACGACCACAUAACCAAACACAAGCUCUACGUCGAGUCUUCCUUCACCGACGUAUCUCCACCGAUCUACGUGUUCCUACAAUGCCGCCAAGACCUCUCCGUCUCCCACUGUCGCCGUUGUUUCAACGAUAGCAAACUAAAGCUCGAGGAGACAUGUUCGAGUUCCAACUCCGGUCGAGUCCACGGUGACAACUGCUUCUUACGUUUCGAUAACAGAGACUUCUCGGAGGAGUUCGUCGAUCCAAGAUUCGACCGAACCAAGUGCAAGAGAACAGGACCAGUUGUUGAUAAAUUCUGGAUAGAUCUUGAUGAGGCUUUUGUGAAUGCGACACUUAGAGCUGUUAAAAAAGGAGGCUUUGGCGCAGCUUCGGUGAGUCCAGCUGGUGGGAGCCCCGGGGUUUACGCUUUGGCUCAGUGUUGGCAAAGACUUGAUGGUAACUCGUGUAGAGAUUGUUUGGUUAAUGCUAGGUCGAGCUUGAGAGCUUGUGAAAGUAGUGAAGCUAGAGCUUUCUUUACAGGAUGCUACUUGAAGUAUUCUACACGCAAGUUUUUUGACGAUGCUGCUGUACUUAAACUUGACGAUGGUAUGUAACGUUAUUAUGAAUGUUGUUGAGAUCAUUACAGUUUUGGUUACUCAUUAGACUUUGUGUUUUUUCUUUCUUGUCCAGAUGAGGGAAGCUUUAGAAAUUCAUCGUACUUACCAGAUUUGAGUGAUCAAGAUGUUAUGAAACUAGCAGUUGCUGCGUUUUCGUUGUCGAUUCUUACUUCUCUUGGUGCCUUCAUCAGUUACAAACGGUUUUCAAGGGAGAGAAAAGGUACUUGAGCUAAUGUAUGAGGUUUUUUUUUUUUUUUUUUUGAUUAACCUGGGGAUAUCUCCGACCUAUAAGGUUUCUUGUUUCGUGAAAAUGUUUCUGAUUUGUGAUAUUUCUUUUGGUCUAGCUCAAAUACCAUCGUGUUCUAACUUCAAAUAUGAGGUGCUUGAGAAGGCGACGGAGUCUUUCCACGACUCGGUGAAACUAGGACAAGGAGGAGCAGGUUCUGUAUACAAAGGGAUUCUUCCUGAUGGCAGAGUCGUUGCGGUUAAGAAGCUAUUCUUCAACACUCGUGAAUGGGCGGAUCAGUUCUUCAACGAAGUGAAUCUGAUCAGUGGAGUUCAACACAAGAAUCUUGUGAGACUACUUGGUUGCAGCAUAGAAGGUCCAAAGAGUCUUCUUGUCUAUGAAUAUGUUCAAAAUAGAAGCCUCGACCAAAUCCUCUUCAGUAAGUUGCAAAGAUCUUUCACAAACAAACAAUCAAUCAUGUGAAUUAACUUCGUUUUAAUAUUGCAGUGAAGAACACAGUCCACAUAUUGAGCUGGAAGCAACGGUUUAACAUCAUUACAGGAAUAUCAGAAGGUUUAGAAUACCUACACAGAGGAUCUGAAGUGAAAAUCAUCCAUAGAGACAUCAAAACCAGCAACAUUCUCCUUGAUCAAAACCUGAGUCCCAAGAUAGCUGACUUUGGACUCGCACGUUCAUUAGGCACUGACAAAA